CAAUUUGUCUCUUUGUUUCCAGGCGGUGUCAAGGCUGAUUUUAACAUCUUUUUCCAUCCACUCACCGUUUCGGCUGCAACUGACGGAGCCGCUUCAUCUUACCAACUCCGACAUUGUUUCGGUUACCGUCAGCCCGAAGGAACCAGGUACCUGGCAGCGAAUCUGUGGCAGCCCGAAGACCCAUUGAAGAUGUUGCUCACCAUCAUGCAUGUCCUGAUCCUGUGGACCAUCUUUCCAGCUACGAGUCCCUGGAUCGUCCCCCAGCCCAAGAAAAACGUAUGGAGAACUCUUGCUGACGCCCUCGGCCAAGACCAUCUGUGCCUUACCACGACCUCGGCAGCCGACCCUCUCUCCACUUGCCUUGUGGGGAUCCCGGUUUCUCUAGCUGGCCUCCCUGAACCCCUAUAUACAUCCCUCACCUCUUUCGAUAAUAAAAUUCAACGUACCCGUGGUUCUUCCCCAAAUGCCAGCUGGAGAAGGUUCUUGACAGAGUUAAACAUCAGUAAGUCAGAACCUCAGGAAUUUAAGUUGUUAGGCUCCUCCGCGGCCGAUUUAUGUUUUCAGUUUUUGCCAUUCCCUGAACCCGGUGCGGAAAAGUCCGCUUAUCAUCCUGGACUUGAAUACAAAGCAGAAAAUUGGUGCAAUUCAGUUGUUGAAAUUUCUAUGUCCAUCACCCCUUGGAGACAACCCCGCUCCAUCCCAAAAGGAUUUUUCAUGAUUUGCGGAGACAGAGCCUGGGCUGGCAUCCCCUCUUCUUUUGUAGGAGGUCCAUGUACAUUCGGCAGGAUGUCGCUGUUUAGCCCCAACAAAACUCAAAUUUCUAAUUGGCAAAGAAUGAAAGUCGCAAACAAUUCGGUAAGAGUCCCUCGGGACCUAAAAGAAUUAGAUUCCACCUGCGACUCCGAAAUUAUCCAUUGGUCGCAACCUGAAAGUGUGGCAUGGACCAUCUUUUUGCCUUGGGUUUCCAUUGCCAAAUCUCUAGGUGAAUUGGCCCACCUAGAGUGUUGGGUCGCAAAACAAGCAAAUUUUACAUCCUCAGCCUUAAGUGAACUCCUACAAGAUGAAGAAAUCACAAGGCAAGCAACCUUGCAGAAUCGUGCAGCAAUUGAUUACCUAUUACUGCUGCAUGACCACCACUGCGAGGAGUUUGAGGGACUGUGCUGCCUGAAUUUGUCAUCACGUGCUGAAAAUGUCAGGACCUCCAUCAAGAACAUUCAAGACAUGGUCCACAAAGUUAAACAGAAGACGGUUGAUUGGCUGGGGGACCUUUUUGAAGGAUGGGGUCUAUCGGGCUGGGCAGCUUCUGUUUUAAAGAGUGUUUUAUUAAUAUUGUUUGUAAUUUUAAUAGUCAUUAUUUCAGUUUCAUUAGUUUGGACCAUCUUAAAGAGACUUUUAAUCAAGCUAACCUCCACUGCCUCCGUCAACCGAGUCGCCUUCGUAGAAGAAGAAAAUCAUCAAAACAUCAACGAUUAUGAAGAUAUGCAAGUUUCCGCGGACCCUCAAGAGUUAAUUAAAUCAGACUCCUCGUCGGAGGACAGCGUUUAAUUUCCUACAUCCCCCUCCUCCCUCUUUUGAUUUUUUAAACAAAAAAGGGGGAGAUGUAGUGGUCUGCUAAUUUUUCAAAAUUUUGUAUUAUGUUAAGUUGUAUAUUGGUUAUCAUAGUUCUGUAGGUUAUGCUCCGGUCCUCUCUCUCUCCCUCUCCAGGGGCCCUUGAUCGCCCUGUCUGUCUCCCUGUUCUCCUCCCCUUUCCCCUCCCAGUUCUUUAAUGUUACAAUGUUUACCCUGCCCUGAGCCCUUGUCCGUCACAGGGAACCACCCCUUUCUUUCCAGAAGCUUCUGGGAAAAUAGUUCUGUGAUUGGUUCAAGGGCCAGGGCCACUCCCUAGGAAUGCCCCCAUUGGAUUCCCACAGUUGUUAGUCAUAUUUCCCCUCCCCAGUUCUCGCUUCUAAUUGGUUGUCCGGCUCUGUAUUUAAUCCCUUGUCAGGCGCGAGGUUAGUCGAGUCCUCGACAGACACCCCACCCUGCAUUAAACCUCCCUUGUUUGA